AUGCCGACGACGAUGGGACGAACGAUGGGACGUGGGAUCCAAUCGCCCGGGGGGGGGGGGCGGCGGUGGCGCGCGGGCGCGGGACGGAGGUCGUCGUCGUCGUCGUCGUCGCCAACGGCAUCGGCAUCGGCAUCGGCAUCGUCAUCGGGAUCGUCAUCUUCAUCGGCGUCGUCGGCGGUGACGCCGCCGCAGCGAUCGAUGAUCGAUCAGAUGAUCACGCUGCGGACGCGAUUGAACGAACGGGUGAGCAAGGCGAACGCGUUCGCAAAGUUUUUGGAGAAGACGCUUCUGGAGCGAGACGACGAUUUGUCGCGCGCGCGACGGGCGCUCGCGAACGCGGCGAGAGAGACGGAGACGCUGCGAGCGAUGGCGAGCGAUAUGAAACGAACGCAGAGCGAGACGAGCGAUGCGCGAUCGUUGGACGCGUUGAUCGCGAGAUUAGAUCGCAUGGGUAAGGCGCUUCGCGAGGACGCGGCGGACGCCGACGGCGCGGUCCUGCGCGAGGUCCCGGUGAUUUGGCAAGGGAACGCGAGCGACGUGCGAUUGAUGGGUUCGUUCGAUGAUUGGACGCGAGGGAUUCAUCUCAGUCCCGAGUGGCACGGCCACGGCGAUGGGAUGUCGGACACGUUCACGGCGACCGUGGCGCUCGUCCCGGGCGUGUACGAGGUCAAGUUUCUCGUCGACGGCGAGUGGCGAACGACGGAUGAUUGGCCCACCAAGGGUGAGGGCUUCGAUCGGAACAUGCUCCUCGAGGUGCGAUGA